UCUAAGAAGCGUAGACCUGCUCAACCUAAGCUUCAUCUCCUAGGCAGAACGAUCACUCAAUCGAGGUGUUUUAAGUAUCUUGGGGUUUGGUUUGAUUCCAAAUGUACCUGGAGAGCCCACAUUGAGUAUCUGAAAGGAAAAUGCCAACAAAGAAUCAAUUUUCUCCGAUCAAUCACUGGCACUUGGUGGGGAGCUCACCCAGAAGAUCUUUUAAAAUUGUAUCAAACAACAAUUCUCUCAGUUAUGGAAUAUGGUAGCUUCUGUUUCCAGUCAGCUGCUAAAACUCAUCUCAUCAAACUCGAGCGUAUCCAAUAUCGUUGUCUCCGCAUCGCUUUGGGCUGUAUGCCUUCUACGCAUAAUAUGAGUCUUGAAGUUUUGGCAGGCAUACUCCCACUAAAAGAUCGAUUCAAUUUGUUAUCACUCCGGUUCCUCAUCAGGUGUGAGGUCAUGAACCCAUUGGUGACCGCAAAUUUUGAAAGGCUUCUUGAGCAAAAUCUUCAAACCAGAUUUAUGUCUAUAUACCAUGUCUUCAUGUCCAUGCAGGUUAAUCCUUCUUCAUAUUCUCCAACUCGUGUUUACAUCCCAGACUACGACAACUCUUCUGUCCAGUUUGAUUUGUCUAUGCAGCAAGAAAUUCGUGGAAUCCCUGAUUCACAUCGUCCACUUCUGAUUCCAAGAAUUUUCGAUGCUAAAUAUAGACACGUCGAUGCUGACAAAAUGUACUUUACAGAUGGGUCGCUUAUAGAGGAAUCAACGGGAUUUGGAGUUUUUAACGAAAUAGCUACUGCCUCAUAUAACCUCCAUCCACCAUGCUCGGUAUACAUCGCAGAAUUAGGAGCCAUUUACUGGGCGUUGGACAGCGUCGUUUCAAGGCCAGUAGGACACUACUAUAUUAUAACGGACAGCCUCAGUUCUGUUGAAGCAAUCCGUUCAAUAAGACCAGGAAAGCACUCACCGUAUUUCCUCGGGAAGAUACGGGAAACUCUGAGUGCUUUAUCAAGACGUUGCUUUGCCAUCACCUUCGUUUGGGUCCCCUCACAUUGCUCGAUAUUGGGUAAUGAGAGGGCGGACUCUCUGGCAAAGGUGGGGGCGAUGGAAGGCGACACAUAUCACCGUGAAAUCGUCUUCAACGAAUUUUACUUCAUAGUUCGAAGGAACUCUCUUGUCAACUGGCAGCGCAAAUGGGACGAGGAUGAGUUGGGUCGAUGGCUCCACUCGAUUAUCCCAAAGCAAUUUGUGUAGUUGCGGCCAAGGUUACCAUGACAUCGAGCAUAUUGUUUGGUCGUGCGAGGUCCAUCUUGUCGCUAGAACGAAUUUGAUAGACUCCCUUCGGGCCCGAGGAAAACCACCCUAUGUUCCAGUGAGAGAUGUGCUGGGUGUGAGAGACUUGGACUACAUGUUCGAAAUAUAUCUUUUCCUAAAAGCUAUUGAUCUUCGUCUAUAAUUUCUUCUUAUUUUCAUAUUUCCCUAUCUAUCUUCUUUUUUCUUUAAAAGUGAUCUAGAUAUAAGCACACAAUUGUUAUCAAACAAAACGAGUUUGGCUCCUUAAAGCCUAAA